AUGACGUCUCAAGCACAGCUGAAGAAGCAACAAGAGCUCCAAACAACGUACCAGAAUUACAAAAACACGUUACAAACCAUUGCCUCCAAAAUCGGGGAUAUUGAGCAAGAAUCCGAAGAGCACAAACUCGUACUCGAGACGCUGCAGCCGCUUUCGGGAGACCGGAAAUGCUUCCGCAUGAUCAACGGCGUCUUAACUGAGCGGACGGUCAAGGAGGUGGUGCCUAUUCUGCAGACUAACUCGGAGGGCCUGAAGAAGGCGCUAGAAGAGCUAGUCAAGCAGUACAAGUCGAAGCAGGAUGAGAUGGAAAAAUGGAAGAAGAAGAACAACAUUCAGGUUGUUCAGCAGCCUGGACAGUAG